AAUGUAGAAACCAAAGAAAGGGGAGGGAGUGCGCGGUUCGUGUCUGGGCGGCCAUUGUGUGUUACCUUGUUCCUCCGAAAGCCGCGUAAGCGUUACCCCACGGUCCAUAAAAAAUCGUAUUAAACCCUCGAAUAAAUCCGCAAAAUCGACGGAAUUAAAAAACUCCCCCAUCGAUCGUGAAAAUAAUAUAAAAAAAAAAAGGCCCCAAGUGUCACCCUACCAAACCUCCAAAUAUAAAUCGAUCGAGGCACUCGUCCGAAAGUGGGGGGUGGGAUUGGGCGGAAAUACCCCACCGAAAAAUAAUAAAAAUAUACACCGAUAAAACCGUUAACAACUGUUAACAUCUAAACAAUAAGUUCGAGUAUCGACGUCGCGUGGUGGAACGUGUGAAGCCCGGGACGCAAACGAUUGAACGGCCCGAUGGCUGAAACCGACAAAUUGAAUAUUGACAGCAUCAUUGCUCGUCUCUUGGAAGUUCGAGGAUCCAGACCAGGAAAAAAUGUCCAGCUGACGGAGAUUGAAAUUCGCGGACUCUGUUUGAAGUCCCGUGAGAUCUUUUUGUCCCAACCGAUUCUCCUGGAAUUGGAGGCGCCGCUGAAAAUAUGCGGUGACAUUCAUGGUCAAUACUAUGACUUACUACGACUCUUCGAGUACGGUAGUUUUCCACCAGAGAGCAACUACCUCUUUCUGGGUGAUUACGUUGACAGGGGUAAACAAUCCUUGGAGACAAUAUGUCUGCUGCUUGCAUACAAGAUCAAGUAUCCAGAGAAUUUUUUCCUACUGAGAGGCAAUCACGAGUGCGCUUCAAUCAACAGGAUAUAUGGAUUUUACGAUGAGUGCAAACGUCGCUACAACAUAAAGUUAUGGAAAACAUUCACCGAUUGUUUCAACUGUCUACCGGUUGCCGCUAUCGUCGAUGAGAAAAUAUUCUGCUGUCAUGGGGGACUCAGUCCUGAUUUACAGAGUAUGGAGCAGAUAAGACGCAUUAUGAGACCAACUGAUGUGCCCGAUCAGGGAUUACUAUGUGACUUACUCUGGUCCGAUCCGGAUAAAGACACCAUGGGAUGGGGGGAGAAUGAUCGUGGUGUGUCAUUCACGUUUGGAGCUGAAGUUGUUGCCAAAUUUCUACAUAAACACGAUUUUGAUCUCAUAUGUCGUGCUCACCAGGUCGUUGAGGAUGGCUAUGAAUUUUUUGCUAAACGCCAACUGGUAACCCUAUUCUCAGCGCCAAAUUACUGCGGUGAAUUCGAUAAUGCUGGUGCCAUGAUGUCCGUCGAUGAUACACUGAUGUGCAGUUUUCAAAUUCUAAAGCCAGCUGACAAGAGGAAAUUUACGUACGGUGGCCUGAAUUCCGGCAGGCCGGUAACGCCGCCAAGGGCGCCCAACACCAAAACCAAAAAGAAGUGAAUUCAGAGCUGAGGUCGAUUAACAAUUUUUUCAUUAACGACGCGGAGACUUUAGGAAACUUUUUAAGAGCUCUUCAGACACGAACAAAAAGAACAAAUAAUAAGAAAUGAAAAUAAUCAUCCUGCUCUCCCUCCUCCCCUUCCUCUCCCUCUCACCCCAUCACUCAUUCAUCAGAAAGUAAUGACAACUUUUUAUUCCUUUCUCAUUUUUCGUAUACGAUUAAUAAUCAUUGAUCACUGUCAGGAUCCUCCGUGGAGUUCAUUUUUUUUUAUCUCAAACGAUUGAACUCCAUGGAGAGGACGAGAGAAUUAACCGGAGCGCAAUGUUUUUUUUCCUCAUUUAUAAUUUUUUUAAAGGCACAUUUCGAUUUUAUGAUAAGCCAGUGGUCAUCGGAAUGGAUAUUGAGGUAGUUUGGACGAAACCGAAACUCGGGGAUUGUAAUGAGAGUCGGCUGUUGUGCAUUCAGUGGAGGUACGAGAUGAAUAAAUUUAAUUUUUUUUCUGAAAGCUCGUCAGAGAGUGGAGAGAGAUCUGGGGGAGGUGGAGAUUUUUUUUUUAUCAAGACUAGGUGAAAGUGAAAGCUGAGAAGAGUCUGAGAAUAAAAAUUCUUUAACUCUUUCGGAUCUCGGGAUAUUCUCGCGGGCAGAAACAUCACAGGGAAAACCUAGAGCUUUUGCGAGUUGAUUUUUCUUUCGUAAAAUAAAAUGAAGGGGAAAAAUGGAAAAUUCGUGCCGGAUAUUUUUGCAGAGUAGUUGAACCCUGUCGAUUUUUUCAAUAAAAAAAAAUAUCUAUGGAAAAUCUGAGGAAAUCAUAUGAUUUUUACUAAAUUCAGAAGAAGGAUUCGUCAAUGGAAUUUCUCGUGGAAGCUCUGGGUUAACCAUUGAACUUAAAUUAUCAUGGAAAAAUAUAAAUUAAUUUUCGUUUCUUCCCUCCACUGGAUAAUUGUUACGUCGCAUUAUAGAUGAUACAUUCACCCUUGUUUAUGUAAUAAAAUCAUCAGCCCUUACUGAAGAUUAUUCUGACACUGUAGCCAGUCUGAGAUGGAUAGUAAUAAAGUGAAUUUUGUUCUAUUCGAGGUGUGAAUCGAUCGAAUGAAUCAUUAAUACUCGUGCUGUUGAUAAAACAUCACGAGUUCACUGAAUUCGUAUUUUACACUGGACUAAUGACAAAACUCGUGAGAAUAAAGGACGAAAUGUGGCGAUAGAACUAUCAAAUUUGGACGGAAUAAAAUAAAAUCCAUUGAUAUGCCUCUCUAAACUUCACUUUUUUAAACUUUUAUUUUAUGGCGAUGUGACGCAUCUUGGACGAUGCUCAAAAUGGUAACGAGAGCGUUGCGUCAUUUUGUUGCGAUAUUUCGACCUCGUUUCGUGCGUUCACCCACGCCCCAGCAGUAUGCCAUAGAUAAAUAGAAAAAUAAUAACAAUGAGCUACGAAAAUAGACGAAUUGACGAGUCUCGUGGCACUGCUGAAUCCCCGUGGAUUAAGGUGUGAGUGUGGAGAGUAGUAACCAGAAAUAAAUUUAAUGAAAGAGUGCAUAAUUUCCUGGAUACAUCCGGUGGAAAAAAUUGGCACGAGUGGAAUAUCGUCGUUGGGAAUGUGUGAAUUUAAAUAAAAUCAAAGCGUCACUCGUGCUGCCCGAAUAUCUACGGAGACCUGGGGCCAUUGCGAUGAAAAUAAGUAGUGGAACACGAGUGGAAGAACUUGACAGGAAAAACUGGUGAAAUCUGUUAACAGUUUUGUUGGGAAAUUAUGUAGAUCAUCCGCCAUUUUUUUUCAAUGAAUAAUAUUCUAAUGAGAUUUUUUCUGCGAGAAUUACAGGUCUCAAUUUUUUAUUUUGUUUAAAUUAAUUUUUCUAAUGACAAAGAAAAAUGAGUGAAAAGAAUUAAAAUUGAUAUUGUGGGAUUUUCGUAGGAAAUGUCUUAUUAGGAAAAAUUCCAUUACUCUUAUUAUUUCUUUUUUUUAAAGUGUAGCAGCGAUAUUUUCAAGUAUUCACCAGAAUGAAAAAAUAAUAAUUUCGUGCGUGAAUUGAUGAUAAUUAUCUCCGGAUCUCGUCUUCCGAUGAUCGUAGAUGUUAUUUUUUUGUACAAUUCCCUUAUUUUAUCGGAGGAAGUCAUAUGUAAUCAUCAGAGUAAUGUAAAAUUCUACCCCAAUAACAAGUAAUAAUGAAAAAAUUGUGGGAGAAAGUUGAUCGUAUUAAAUAAGCAUCAUUUCAUUGCAUUAUA